GAAACAGCUUCUUAAAAUGCUAAUCUUUCAUUUGUCACGUUGGAUCAACACUGGUGUGGUGGAACUCAGAUAGACCUGAGUUAGGAUACCAGCUCUGCCACUUGCUGUGUGCAACCUUUGUAACUGUUUCCUUUUCGGUAAAAGUAGGGACUGUUGUGAACGCUGAGAUUAUGGUAAUAGUAGUAUGACGCUCAACAAAUGAGAGUUUUAUUGACUACCUGAAUCACCUUGGACGAGUACCUUUAAAUAUGAGGGCUUUGAUCCCCAAGGUCUCCUCAAGCCCUUUUCAGCAAUGACAGUUCCGUGUGUCCUCACGAUAAGGCAUUCCUGAAGUCUUCCCACACACCCCUCCCAAUUUCCCUCUUCUUAGUAAUGGUCUAAACACCCCUUCCCCUUGCCCUCUCUCUCAUUUCGCAUACCCAUCUGGAAGUUGCAGAUUGCCAAACUCCAAGGACUUUAAUCCGCGUCCUUUGCCCUCAGCCAGGGUCUAAAGGCAGACCAGCUGCAGAGGGGACGACCUGGCGCUUGGAUCCAUCCUUGAGCACCCGGGCCGCGGAUCUCCAGUUAAGAGAGCGCAGACGUUCUGGAGCCACCGUCGCACCCACCAGCUUCUCCAAACUUCCUACCGAGCCCAAGUGCCCUCUCGGCCCGGCGCUAGGAAGCUGCUGGCGGAGUUGGUACCGCGCCGGGGGGAUGGUCCUCGCCUAGCCCGCGGAGGAAGCCCGAAGCAGCGGGUGAGCGCGGCGACAGCCCGCACCCCUGACUCUCCGGCUUCCUGGUCCCCUCCAAACGCGAUCCGCUCGGAGGCCCCAAAGCGGAACGGGUGUCUGCAGUGCCACGCCCUCGAGCGCCACCCUGCAAGCGUGGGCGGCCCCGGCGGGUGCCUCGCCGCGGGAGAUCGCAGCGUAAUGAGAUGGUAAUGAGGUCCAAGUAAGUCCUCCGCAAGGCCCCGCGCCGCGCGCCUCAGCCCACACCGCAGCACACCCGAGCCGGGCGCACGCGGUGGGCGGCCCCGCGUCCCGGGCUGGCUCUCGCGCUCCCGCCGCCUCCCUUGCCCCCGCCCUCCCUUGCCCCGGCUGGUGGCCUGCCCGGCAGGAAGCGGUGACUCCCGGCCCCGAAGCCGCCCGCAGCCACUGUCUCUGCCCAGCCACUCCCCUCACCAGAGGCCCAGGAGGCCUCCAUGGCUUCACCCACCUCCACCAACCCAGCACACGCCCACUUCGAGAGCUUCCUACAGGCCCAGCUGUGCCAGGAUGUGCUCAGCAGCUUCCAGGGACUGUGUGGGGCCCUAGGGCUGGAGCCUGGUGGGGGUCUGCCCCAGUACCACAAGAUCAAAGCCCAGCUCAACUACUGGAAUGCCAAGUCAUUGUGGGCAAAGCUGGACAAGCGGGCAGGCCAGCCUGUCUACCAGCAGGGCCGGGCCUGCACAGGCACCAAGUGCCUGGUGGUGGGUGCUGGACCUUGCGGGCUGAGGGCUGCUGUGGAGCUGGCCCUGCUGGGGGCCCGUGUGGUGCUGGUGGAAAAGCGCAACAAGUUCUCCCGUCACAACGUGCUCCACCUCUGGCCUUUCACCAUCCAUGACCUGCGGGCACUUGGCGCCAAGAAGUUCUAUGGACGCUUCUGCACUGGCACCCUGGACCACAUCAGCAUCCGGCAGCUCCAGCUGCUUCUGCUGAAGGUAGCUUUACUGCUGGGGGUGGAAAUUCACUGGGGUGUCACUUUCACCGGCCUCCAGCCCCCUCCCAGAAAGGGGAGUGGUUGGUGUGCCCAGCUCCAGCCCAACCCCCCUGCACAGCUGGCCAACUUUGAAUUUGAUGUCCUCAUUUCUGCCGCUGGAGGGAAAUUCGUCCCUGAAGGCUUCAAAGUCCGAGAAAUGCGAGGCAAACUGGCUAUUGGCAUCACAGCCAACUUUGUGAACAGGCGCACUGUGGAGGAGACGCAGGUGCCGGAGAUCAGCGGCGUGGCCAAGAUAUACAACCAGAGCUUCUUCCAGAGCCUGCUCAAAGCCACAGGCAUUGAUCUGGAGAACAUAGUGUACUACAAGGAUGACACGCACUACUUUGUGAUGACAGCCAAGAAGCAGUGCUUGCUGCGCCUGGGAGUGCUGCGUCAGGACUGGCCGGAGACCGAUCGGCUGCUGGGCAGUGCCAAUGUAGUGCCUGAGGCUCUGCAGCGCUUUGCCCGGGCAGCUGCUGACUUCGCCACACAUGGCAAGCUUGGAAAACUAGAGUUCGCUCAUGGUUCCCGUGGGCAGCCUGAUGUCUCCGCCUUUGACUUCACAAGCAUGAUGCGGGCAGAAAGUUCUGCUAGAGUGCAAGAGAAGCAUGGUGCCCGCCUGCUGCUGGGACUGGUGGGGGACUGCCUGGUGGAGCCCUUUUGGCCCCUGGGCACUGGAGUGGCCCGGGGCUUCUUGGCAGCCUUUGAUGCAGCCUGGAUGGUGAAACGGUGGGCAGAGGGCACUGGGCCCCUAGAGGUGCUGGCCGAGCGUGAGAGCCUGUACCAGCUUCUGUCACAGACAUCCCCAGAAAACAUGCAUCGCAAUGUGGCUCAGUAUGGGCUCGACCCAGCCACCCGCUACCCCAACCUGAACCUCCAGGCUGUGACCCCCAAUCAGGUACGAGACCUAUACGACGUGCUGGCCAACGAGCCUGUGCAGAUGAGUGACAAGACAGACGCAGGGAAACCAGCCGCUGCAUCAGCAGGCACCCAGGAGGAGCUCCUCCGCUGGUGCCAGGAGCAGACAGCUGGUUACCCAGGAGUCCACGUCACCAACCUGUCUUCCUCGUGGGCAAACGGGCUAGCUCUGUGUGCCCUGGUGCACCGGCUGCGGCCUAGCCUGCUGGAACCCUCAGAGCUGCAAGGGAUGGGGGCUCUGGAAGCCACUGCCUGGGCACUAAAGGUAGCUGAGCAUGAGCUGGGCAUCACGCCGGUCGUGUCUGCACAGGCAGUCGUAGCAGGGAGUGACCCACUGGGCCUUAUCGCCUAUCUCAGCCACUUCCACAGUACCUUCAAGAGUACACCUCACAGCUCAGGCACUGUCAGCCAAGCCUCUCCAGGGACUUCUAGUGCUGUAUUAUUCCUUGGAAAACUUCAGAGGACCCUGCAACGGACCCGGGCCAAGGAAAACGGGGAAGAUGCUGCUGGCAAGAAGCCUCGCUUGGAGGUCGAGGCUGAGACCCCAAGUACUAAGGAGCCAUGUGUCCCUGAACCUGGUGUACCCCUGACACCCCCGUCUCAGCACCAGGAGCCUGGUGCCAGGAACCUGUGUGCACUUUGUGGGGAAGACCUCUAUGUCCUGGAACGCCUCUAUGCUGAUGGCCUUUUCUUCCACCGGAGCUGCUUCCGCUGCCAUACCUGUGAGGCCACGCUGUGGCCAGGUGGCUACGGGCGACUUCCAGGAGAUAAACAUUUCUACUGCCUCCAGCACCUGCCCCAGCUGGACCACAAAGAGGAUGGCAGCCACCAAGGCCCUGAGAGUCUGGAGCUUCCUACACCACGUGAAAUCAGUAUGCCACCAAGCCCCUCAACUCCCAGAGCCUCACAAGAAAGGGUCAGUCCUAUUCCAAACCCCAGCCAGCCCACACGUCGGCUGAUCCGCCUCUCCAGCCCGGAACGCCAGCGAUUGGCCUCCCUUAAUCUUACCCCUGACUCAGAAAUGGAGCCUCCACCUAAGCCCCCCCGCAGCUGCUCUGCCUUGGCCCACCAGGCCAUGGAAGGCAGCUUCAUGGGUUUGGGCAUGCCAGUCCAGGGACCUCAAGUUCUUGUGGCCAUGGAGGAAGAAGAGAGAUCCUCCUCCAGUGAAGAAGAAGAAGAAGAUGUGCCUUUGGACGCAGACACAGAGCAGGUCCUGCUGACCUUGGCCAAGACCUCAGGUACCAUGAAUAAGUACCCAACAUGGCGCAGGACUCUGCUGCGCCGUGCUAAGGAGGAGGAGAUGAAACGGUUCUGCAAGGCCCAGGCCAUUCAACGGCGACUAAAUGAGAUUGAAGCUGCUCUGAGGGAACUGGAAGCCAAGGGUGUAAAGUUGGAGCAGGCCAUUAGGAGUCAGAGCAGCUCCCCAGAACAGCAAAAGGAACUGUCGGUAGAACAGCUGCUACAGCUUGUUCAGAAAAGAAAUAGCUUGGUUGCUGAGGAAGCUGAGCUCAUGAUCACCGUACAGGAGCUGAACCUGGAGGAGAAACAGUGGCAGCUGGACCAGGAGUUGCGCAGCUACAUGAACCGGGAAGAAAUCCUAAAGACAGCUGCCGAUCGGCAGGCUGAGGACCAGGUCCUGAGGAAACUGGUGGACGUGGUGAACCAGCGAGAUGCCCUCAUCCGCUUCCAGGAGGAGCGCAGGCUCAGCGAGCUGACCUUGGGGUCAGGGGUCCAGGGCUAGAAGAGAGUGGGCUGCCUGCCUUGUUCCCUACAAGGCCACCUCACCCCAACACAGUGCCACCUGCAUUGCCAGCCCUGUUCAUCUGGCUGCCUGGGAUGGGGCUCGCUGUUUACAAUUAAAAUGUUUCUAUCACAAA